AUGGCAACUGUCGCGGCACUGAAAGAGAAAGACUAUGACAAAGCGACCGACGUCGUCAUAGUUGGAUCGGGUGCAGGCGGCCUCACAGCAGCGUUACGAGCAAAAUAUCAUGGUCUGGAACCAUUGGUAGUCGAAAAGACAUCCACAAUCGGCGGAUCCAGUGCGUACUCUGGGGGUGCACUAUGGGUCCCAAACAACCAUGUUUCGAAAGCAGCAGGUAUGGAAGAUAGCUUGGAGGAAGCUCUUACAUACCUCGAAGCAGUUGUACCACCAAACACACGGUCUAGCACGAAGGAGAGAAAACUAGCAUACCUCAACGAGAGCCCGAAGAUGGUGAAAUUCUUGGAGGAUGGCGGAUUCAAGUGGCGCGCAGGCGUGGGAUACCCCGACUACCACUCUCUAGAGCCCGGCUCUAAGCCACUAGGUCGUGUGAUUGAGGGCAAAGUGUUUGAUCUCAAGAAGCUGAAAGAUUGGCGGUCUAUGAUUAGGCUUCCAUCCGGUCCCAACCUUAUCGUUUACUCUAACGAGAGCCCUCACAUCUUUCGCGUGGGCGCUCAUCUGCAUGAUUUCCUCAAAUUCAGUGUUUUUGUAGCCAGACUAGGGAUUCGGGUUUUGGCUGGCCAAAAACCGGUGACGUUGGGCAAGUCACUGAUCGGACAGUUGCUCUAUAUGAAUAAGCAGCAAGGGACGGAAAUAUGGAGGGGAAGUAAGUUGGUGGAGCUCGCGACUGAUGAGAGGGGAGCGGUGGUGGGUGUUGUGGUUGAAAGAGAUGGCAAGAAAGUAAGGAUCGGUGCAAGAAAUGGGGUUUUGUUGACAGCAGGAGGCUUUGCAAGGAAUCCAGCUAUGCGGGAUCAACAUCAAAAGAGAGCUGAGUAUGCGCAGUGGAGCGUUGCUUCACCAGGUGACCAAGGCGAGGCUAUCACAGCCGGUCAGAAGGCGGGUGGUGUCAUCGACAUGAUGGAUGCAGCAUGGUGGAUGCCCAUGAUACUGGUAGGCGAAACCCCCAUUCUCGACAUAGCCGCCCGUUCACUUCCCCAUUCGAUCGUGGUCGAUGGAGACGGCCACCGCUACCUAAACGAAGCCUUGGACUACGAUGAUUUCGGUAAGAUAAUGAACAAACGCCAUGAAACAACUUCAGCAACACCCUCGUGGAUCAUCAUCGAUGCAAGACACCGCAACAAAUAUAUUCUCGGCCAGUUCGGUCCACGGCAUACACCACAGUGGGCGAUUGAGAAUGGGCUCAUUUACAAAGACGACAGUAUCGUGGGUCUGGCUAAGCAAAUCAACAUUGACCCGACGAAUCUACAAAAUACAAUCACACGAUUCAACACAUUUGCAAGCAAGGGUGUCGACGAGGAUUUUCGAAGAGGAGAGAAUCCCUACGAUCGCUUCUUUGGGGACCCAUACCACAAACCGAAUCCCAACCUGGGCUCUAUUGCAGAAGCCCCCUUUUUCGCUGUCAGACUAUAUCCCGGGGACCUCGGAACGAAAGGCGGUCUGUUGACGGAUGAUUUUGCACGUGUGCUGAUGGAAGAUGGUAAGCCCGUUCCGGGCCUGUAUGCGGCGGGGAACACGACUGCGAGCGUGAUGGGGAGAAGGUAUCCAGGGCCUGGGGCUACGUUAACACCGGCAAUGACGUUUUCGUACAUCGCUAUGGAUGAUAUGGCGAGACAGGUUCGUAAAUCGUGA